AUGUCCGCGGCCCCCACGCCCGCCAAGUCUUCAAAACCGAAGAAGGAAAAGGAUAAAGAACGCAAAGGCUCGCUUCCUCUAGCAUCUGAGCGUCUCAAGACCGUAGUUCGACGAUUGCCGCCCAAUCUUCCCGAAGAUGUUUUCUGGCAAAGCGUGCAGCCCUGGGUCACUGAGGAUACAGCCAGCUGGAAGAUAUAUUAUCCAGGGAAACUGCGUAAAAAAUUAAACAAGGAGAACGUGCCAUCUCGCGCAUAUAUUGCAUUCAGAACGGAGGAUCAGCUGGCUCUUUUCAGCAAAGAGUACGACGGUCAUGUAUUCAGAGAUAAAGCCGGGAACGAGUCACAAGCCGUGGUGGAAUUUGCGCCAUACCCCAAAAUACCUUCUGAUAAGCGGAAGCCAGACAAUCGUAAUGCGACUAUUGAGAAAGACGAAGAUUACAUAUCAUUCCUCGAAUCUCUCAAAGCAUCUGAGAACCAGGAACCUGUAUCGUUGGAAUCGCUUAUUGCUUCCUCUCAGCCACCCCCUCCACCGAAAACAACACCCCUUCUGGAAGCCCUCAAAGCAGAGAAGAGCGCCAACAGGGAUAAAGAAGCUAUACUACGCAACCACGCCCACUACCAGAAUAUCCUCUCCAGGAAAGAGGAAAAGAAGAAAACAAAUGCGGCACCUCCACCUAGCAAGCCUUCUGAAUCUGCGCCAGCAGCUUCAGCUUCAACGAAGAAGGGUUCCAAGAAGGGCGCAGGUCCAUCUGGAAACGCAGAGUCCAAAGCGUCCAAAGCGUCUGGUCAAGGGAAGAAUGCUCCAAAUGCAAACAACGCAAGCAGCAAUACCCCUGCUGCAGGGCAGUCCACAGCGAAACCGGCCAAACCACCACGCGCACCGCGGCCCCCUCCUGCCGCCAAGCAGGAAAAGGAGAGCCGUGCUCCACCCACCAUCGCUGUCCCGCCCUCUGCCUCUGCUGACACCAACCAGACAGCCUCGCCAGCAACACCUACCACCACCGCCACCACUGCUCCUCCCCGGCGCACACGUCCUGUCCUUGGUCUAGGGUCCCGCCAAUUUGAGGCUGCAUUGAGCGGAGUGGCCGGGCUCGCUGUGGCCGCUACCGAAAGGAAGAAACGCGAGAAGGAAAGAGAGAAAGAUAAAGAUAAAGAAACGAAAGAAGGAGGAUCAAGCGCCGGUGCUUCAGCGGCGCCUACAUUUGCUAGGAUAGACGGUUCGGAUAAUGAAAAACCAUCUCCAUCACCAACACCAACACCGGCACCUCCGCAUUCUCCAAGGAAAUCGCGACGUGGUCGUGGUGGCGGAGGAGGGGGAGGUGGUGCUAGUGGAGAAGCACCUCAAGUUAAAGUGCCCAGCAUUUUGCAACGUGCAGAUGUUCCUCCUGUUGUACGGAAAGAAGGGCCUGCGGGAGUUGUUGUAUUGCCAGAAGUUCCAGCUGGACCAUCCACUUCCGGUGGAAGUGCAUCACGCGGCGGCGGACGUCGUGGUCGUGGAGGCGGAAGAGGUCGCGGCGGCGGCGGUGGCGGAGGUGGUGGGGGUGGUGGUGGUGGUGGUGGUGGUGGUGGCGGUAAUGCUCCCAAAGGAGGGUAA